GAAAAAGUUCCAAAAAGACGAAACCAAACCACACUUUCACAAAUCAACCCUACUAUAAUUACCGAAAGCUUUCACGCAAAAGGUAUCUGAAUAAAUCCUCUGAUCGAGGAGAGAAUUAUUUCACCAGGCAGGGACCUCUCUCUCUCUCUCUCUCUCUGCAGAUGGGUUUAUGGAAUAACCAGCACCAGGUGGAAGACUACCGAAAUUUGUGUGUUCAAGCAGCACCGCCUUUUAUCGAAUGGCUCAAACCAUCAGCGUCGUCCUCUUUUGCUUCAUCACUGUCUUCAUCAUCAUUGACGUCUUUUUGUUCGUUGGAAGACCAAAACAGUAGUACUCUGCAAUGCUUGCCUCUUUUAAGCAGGUUUACCGAUACAAAGCCGGUGAAAAGAGAAGAUAUUGGGGUACAGAGAGAGGGUUUCGGAGUGAAAGAAGAGCAGAUAGAGAAGGUUACAGUGGCACUGCACAUUGGACUGCCUAAUAGCACAACUGCAGAUGAUGAGAAGAAGGUUUUGGAUGAUGUCAAGGAAGAAGACGUAGUACUACCAAUAACCAAGAAUAGAUUUAACGCCAAUGGAUGCUCUGCGACAGAGAGUAGGUUUUGGAUACCGACGCCAGCUCAGAUUCUUGUUGGGCCGAUGCAGUUUGCUUGUUCCAUUUGCAGCAAGACCUUCAAUAGAUACAACAACAUGCAGAUGCAUAUGUGGGGCCACGGAUCUGAAUUUAGGAAAGGGCCAGAUUCUCUAAAAGGAACACAACCAGCCGCAAUGCUGAGGCUACCAUGCUACUGUUGUGCUCAGGGCUGCAAGAACAAUAUCAACCAUCCAAGAGCCAAGCCACUCAAAGACUUCAGAACUCUCCAAACUCACUACAAGAGAAAGCAUGGAGCAAAGCCAUUUAUGUGCAGAAAAUGCGGCAAAACAUUUGCUGUCAAAGGUGAUUGGAGAACACAUGAAAAGAACUGCGGCAAGUUGUGGUAUUGCAGCUGUGGAUCGGAUUUCAAACACAAAAGAUCGCUCAAAGACCACAUCAGGUCCUUCGGAAAAGGGCAUUCUCCGCGCCCUUGUGUCGAUGGUUUUCAUGAGGAUGAUCAGAAGGAAUGCAUUACUGGUUCUGAGGAUGAGUGAGUUAAUUUUAUCAAAACUAGCAAAAGUUUACCCUAAUCUUUUAAAAAAAUAGCAGUUUUUUUAUAGUGGCAGCGAUAUCUACACUCCAAAUUUGAUUGUUUUCUAGUUUCUCCAUGCUCACAAAAUGGAGUGCAUGAAGCUAAAAUUGGAGUGUAGAAAUCGCUACCGUUUUAUAGGAGCUGCUGUUUCUAGAUGGAGGGGUUACACUUUAGCUGGUUUUGAUAAAUAACUCGAGAUGAAUUUGUUGCUUGCUCCUUCAGGUUCAAUAUUUGAAUGCAUGAUCAAGGAAUAGAAGAUAAAGAUAGUAACUAGGGUUUCUAUAUAUAUAUAUAUAUAUAAAUGUCCAAGCUUGUGCUCAGUAACAAAAAAUUCUCAGCAGCUUUGCAACAUACACAGAGGGAGCGGUUUGCUACGGAGCACUUGAAUUGCGAUGGGGAGUAUUUAUAGUAUUUGUUAGACAGUACUUUAAUAUCCUUAAUUUGUGGUUUUAAUUUAUGAAUAAGUUGGUGAUUACUUGAAGCUAGUGAUGAAGCAGAUGAAUUUUCUUCUCCUAUCAAUAUGCCUACAAGCUUUUAAACUGUGGCAUCUUCAAUGGAGAAAAUUUGUUAGCUUCAUUGUCAGCCGGUAAUCUUUGCAUGACAAUCGAUUGUAUAAACAAAUGGAUUUGUUGGAAUCGAUAAUUCUCUCUCUCUCUCUCUC